GGACUUUGGUGAGGUGCUCCUGGGGGGUCCUGGGGUUUGUCAAGACAGAGGUGGUUUCAGAGGAAGGAUUGCCACAGGCAGACCAUCUAAUCCUUCUGGGAGCGGCUUAGGGGAUUUCUUUUUCUGGCACCUGUUUGCCGCGCCCGACUCCUAGUGCGUCCCUUUGUAACCCCGGGCUGGGAUUUAGCCUGAGCUGUGUCAGCUGGGCUCCCGGGGACUCCGGGGGUGGCCCCCAGUCAUCCUUGUACCGGACUGGACGCCUCCUGUCCCUAGAGCCAGGACCGGGCACAGGCCAAGGUCAGCGGGUCAGGCCCACUCUGGACACAGGCUUGGAAGGCUAGCCCAUGGCCCCUGGGCCCUGAGCGGUGGGAGGGGGGCACUGGGAUGGAUUUCGGGUCCUUGGAGACGGUGGUGGCCAACUCCGCCUUCAUCGCCGCCCGGGGCAGCUUCGAUGGGAGCAGCGCCCCGUCCCCCCGGGACAAGAAGUACCGGGCCAAGCUCAAGCUGCCGCCGCUCUCCAAGUGCGAGGCCCUGCGGGACGGCCUGGACCUGGAGUUCCAGGAUCUGUGCCUGGAGCAGCCCAUCGGCAAGCGGCUUUUCCAGCAGUUCCUGAAGGCCGACGAGAGGCACGUGCCAGCCCUGGAGCUCUGGAAGGACAUCGAGGAUUACGAUAUGGCAGAUGACGACCUCCGGCCACAGAAGGUCCAGGCCAUCCUGGCCGAGUACCUGGACCCCCAGGCCAAGCUUUUCUGCGGCUUCUUGGACGAAGGGACUGUGGUGAAGCUCCGGGAGGGGCCCGUGGCCAGUGGGGAUGGGCUCUUCCAGCCCCUCCUGCAGGCCACCCUGGCCUACCUGAGCCAGGCCCCGUUCCAAGAGUACCUGGGCAGCCUGCACUUCCAGAGGUUCCUGCAGUGGAAGUGGCUGGAAGCCCAGCCCAUGGGGGAGGACUGGUUCCUGGACUUCAGGGUGCUGGGCAAAGGUGGCUUUGGCGAGGUGUCGGCCUGCCAGAUGAAGGCGACUGGCAAGAUGUACGCGUGCAAAAAGCUGAACAAGAAGAGGCUGAAGAAAAGGAAGGGGUACCAGGGUGCUAUGGUAGAGAAGAAGAUUCUAGCGAAAGUACACAGCAGGUUUAUAGUCUCUCUGGCCUAUGCGUUUGAAACCAAAACUGACCUCUGUCUGGUGAUGACCAUCAUGAACGGCGGCGACUUAAGGUACCACAUCUACAAUGUGGACGAGGACAACCCUGGCUUCCAGGAGCCACGCGCCGUCUUCUACACGGCCCAGAUCAUCAGUGGUCUGGAGCACCUGCACCAGAGGGCCAUCGUCUACCGGGACCUCAAGCCCGAGAACGUGCUCCUGGACGACGAAGGCAAUGUCCGAAUCUCUGACCUUGGGCUGGCUGUGGAGCUGAAGGAAGGGCAGACCAAGACAAAGGGCUACGCAGGGACCCCAGGUUUCAUGGCCCCCGAGCUCUUGCGGGGUGAGGAGUAUGACUUUUCCGUGGAUUACUUUGCUCUGGGCGUCACGCUGUAUGAGAUGAUCGCAGCCAGAGGACCCUUCCGAGCCCGGGGAGAGAAGGUGGAGAACAAGGAGCUCAAGCACAGGAUCCUCUCGGAGGCGGUCAAGUACACAGACAAGUUCAGCCAGGCCAGCAAGGACUUCUGUGAGGCGCUGCUGGAGAAGGACCCAGAGAAGCGUCUGGGGUUCAGAGAUGGGACUUGCGAUGGGCUCCGCGUCAACCCCCUCUUUAAAGACAUUAACUGGAGACAGCUCGAUGCUGGAAUGCUGAUACCCCCCUUCAUCCCAGACUCCAGAACUGUCUAUGCAAAGAACAUCCAGGAUGUAGGGGCCUUUUCCACAGUCAAGGGUGUGGUCUUUGACAAAGCAGAUACAGAGUUCUUCCAGGAAUUUGCCACCGGCAACUGCUCCAUUCCCUGGCAGGAGGAGAUGAUCGAGACGGGCACCUUUGGGGAGCUGAACGUGUGGCGAGCCGACGGGCAGAUGCCCGACGACAUGACAGGGAGCACUGUGGAGGACGCUGCCCCCUCCUCCAAGUCAGGGAUGUGUCUGCUUUCCUAGAUGUGGAGGAAGGGGCGUCUCCCGCAGCUGGCACGGAUGAACAGGGCUUCGUGUGUCGGGGAGCCCACCAUGGUGACAGGCAGCUCCCGGGCCAGGCUGCUGGUGUUGCUGAGCCGCUCACAGCUCAGUUAGGAGAAGGGAGGCCCGGAGCCACCAUGCUUCUCAGCCCCGGGGGUCAGGAGCUCCAGCUUGUAAAUAGUCCACUUCUUUUGUCCCAUGUCACUCAAAGAAACACGGCAAUGGCUCCCAGACAGAGUACACCAACAAUUCCUGCCUGUCCAGGCUCUUGUGUGGACAUGCAAGUUGGCAGUGGUGUUGGGCAGCUGGGCAAGACAGCUGCUCAGAUAAGAGGAUGCUCGGUUUGGGUUUCCUGGCACCUUAACUGUGACUCCCAAGUGCCCCAUCUAAGGCAGAAGCCUUCUCUUGGUUGGUCCAGGGGUUGGCACACCACGGUCCUCGGUCUCCCAGGCACUGUGGGAGAGGCCUCAUUGUGGACCUUGGCCUGGUCCCCCUUCACACACAGUUCCUGUUCUUCCUGUCACCUGGUCGCUGCCAGGACCCCGGGGACGUGCCAUCAGCUCCCCUGCACCCUCGGGAGAAAAGUGGAUCUUGACAAUCAAUGGCUUCAGAGGGUUGCUGGCCAAACAUGUGGACCCAACUACCUCUUGCUUGCUCUAGAGCCUACAUAGAAAAGAAGACGUGUCCCCUGAGCAUCGUGCAAGGCACAGACGACUGCUGGGCAUAGACUCCCUAGUUUUGUGAAGACGUCUCUAGUGUGUUCUGUAGUUACCUGCGCACAAGGAGUCUUGACCUUUAAAGCACCCCUGGACUGGUGAAGUAAACCUGACCCCGAAUGGCCCUUCUCUUCUGACUGUGUGUGGGAUUGUGAAGGCACAGGAUGCUUGGGAAGGGCCUGAGAGAGGGACCUAGUGCUUUCUGGUCUGUGAUCUGAAACUACCAGCUUGUACAUCUCUCUGGGCAGGCCCAAGACGAGGGAUCGGGGGCUGAGGGACGCUGAACUAUUGGCAGGACAGGUUGCUGCAGCCUUCCUUAAGUCCGGUUUUGUUUUCUAGAAUGGUACACGUAGCUUCAGUGGUGGCUAUAAAUUUCACUUCACUGCAUCCUGGUGCAAGAAAGAUCCAUUUCCGAUCUUUCUACAGCCAUUUAUUCUUCACAAGGUCCCCAUGGCCCUCCAGGGUCAUUCAAGCAGCCACAGCUAUGUGGGUGGAGGCCUGGCCCUUGCCUCCUCUGGACACCAUCACCCCGUGCCUGCCCAGGGCCCAUGGGGCCUGAUGGUGGAGGCUUUUCUUUUGUGGUGCCAGAUUCACCAGUGAGGUCCUUCCUGCCUUUAUCUUAUGGUUAGAUGCCCAGAUAAAACACAGGAUAGCCAGUUACAUUUGAACUUCAGAUAAACACCAAAUAAGUUUUUUAGUGUAUGUCUCAAAUAUUGCCUAAGACAAACACUAAAAUUAUUGUC